AUGCCGAGCACCCAUUUUUCCCCUCUUCCACCUUUUGCCGACCCCGGAUUCUCCUCCACUAUGCGAUGGGACUUCAAUCCCUUUUAUACGCUAGUCAUUGUGGUCAUUGCGUGUGGCGGGAUUCCCAAGGGCUAUGAUGAGGGUGGCUAUAGUGGCAGCGUCACUCUGCCUUCCUUUAGGGCCGAUUUCAAUCUCAUCCCAUCCGACUGGGCCGAAGACGCCGCCGGGCUAGCCAACCGGAUCGCGAAUAUCACAUCCUUUAACGUGCUGGGCGCUGCGCUUGGGGCUCUGGUGGUCUUCUAUCUGAAUGACAGACUAGGACGUCUGGUGGCGUGGCGCUUAGCAUGCAUUGUGUGGGCUUCCGGCACAUUGGUACAGAUCUUCUCGUCGGGUAUCUAUGGGCUCCUCUUAUUUAGCCGCAUAUGGAGCGGGUUGGGCGCCGGUGGCCUUACAGUGACUUCCCCGUUAUAUCUGAGCGAAAUUGCGCCCACCAAGACACGAGGCCGGGUGGUUGGGCUCUACAUGAUCCUGCUCCUGGCCUCUCUGGCCAUAGGGUUCUUCAUCAACUACGGAGCCAGUACUCACAUGUCAGUCACUCGAACCCAAUACCGCCUUGUUCAGGCUAUUGCUCUCAUCCCUGUCGGUGUCGCAUUCGGUCUAUCCUACAUUUGUCCCGAAAGCCCUCGAUACCUCGCUUCGAAACAGCUUCAUCAGGCCGGAUUGGAGGCUCUGGCGCGCUUGCGUGGGAAGGAUACCAAUGAUCCAAGUAUUGUUGAGGAGUUUGAGACUAUUGAUGCACAGGUGCGCGAGCAGGCCUCGGACCUGGCGUCUGUCUCUCAUUGGGCCAUCUUCAAGGAGACACAAAGGAACCCCAAUUAUCGGCAACGGUUCUGGCUGCUUAUGACGAUGCAGACAAUCGCCCAGUGGACCGGUGGGAAUGGCAUCACGUAUUAUGUCACCAGCAUAUUCAAAUAUGCUGGGCUCACCGGCAGUGCUCAAUCCCUCAUCUCCUCCGGUGCAUACGGGAUCACUAAACUGGUUUUCACCGUGGCAUUCUCAUGGGGGCUCAUCGACCUCAUCGGCCGAAGACGCUGCGCACUCGCUGGACUGAGCCUUCAACUAGCUGCACACGUCUACACGGGCAUAUACAUGGGCCUCCGCCCCGAAUCAGAACGCAACCAAAACGCCUCGAACGCAGCGGUCGCCUCGGUUUUCGUCUACGCCGUGGGCUGGUCAGUUGGUCUUUGCACUAUACCUUACCUCUAUGGUACAGAGAUUUUCCCCACGCGCAUCCGCAAUGUCAGCUAUGCCAUAAGUAUGGCACUGCACUGGUUCUUCCAGUUUGCCGUCGUUCGCGUGACCGGCGACAUGUUUGUGUCGCUUGAUGUGUGGGGAGCCUAUCUCUUCUGGGCACUUAUUUGCUUUCUUGGUAUUAUCAUUCUUAGUAUCUGGAUGCCCGAGACCAAAGGCGUUCCAAUUGAGCGCAUGGGUGACUUGUUCGAGGGGCCUUGGUAUUUACGCUGGCGGGCCAGGCCACGAGAGUGCGUUGUUGCUUCGUCGAGUUCCACAGCUACGGAGACUGUUGCGUCAAAGGACAACAUCCCCAAGUCGCGCGAUUCGGCCUUUUGA